GCGUGGCACUGCCGUGGCAACUAAUCUCAGGAAGUCCUUGCUGCGCUUCCUCUCGCUUUCCCUUUUCCCUUUCCGUGCAUCAAAGGGAAGAUUGUGUGGUGGUCGUCCAGAUCGUGGGUGGGCUCUACACCGCAGAUAUUCCUUGGAUCUGUCUCGGAUCCUACAGGCGCUGCACAGGGUAUUCUCUGUGGAGGCUUGUCUUGCGCUGUCCGACUGCUCUGUUUCCGCAUCACCUCAGAAGUUUCUCUGAAACUUCAUGAAAGUGCCGUCUCCGGCCAUUUUCUUCUGUCGUGCCACCUCCAGCAGCGGCUUCGUGUCGACCCCAGAGUUUCUGACUGAACGCGUGGAUCCACGCAGUUUCCGUUGCUCCAUGCAGCUCUGCGUUUCCAUUUCCUAGAGGUGGCCCGAGACCGCACUUCAUUUGUGUGAAAGAGGUAAACAGCAGGGACAGCCAGAGAGAUUAAGACCGCCCUUCUCGAUGGCUUGCGUCUCCGUAACUCGCCUCGUCCCUCCAGUGCCGCGCGAGCAGCGCUCACUUCUUCUCAGUCUGCCGCAGGCUCGAGAAGCAGGCAAAGAACAAGAUCGUGGUCUCAAACAGCCUAUCGUUGCCGUUCCCACUCCUCUUUCUGCUGGCUCAAACACUGAACUGGUCGCCACUUCUUUCCCCGUGCAUUAUACCGCUUCUCCACCCCGCCGUGUUUUGACGAACAGGGUACUUGCGGUUCCGUGUCUGGUUCAACACACACAACAGUUAGGUCAGGCGGGCACUCAGGAGAUGCAGGCACUGCUCGUUCGGUUUAGCGGCGCAUGCGUCACCCACCUUCAGUGAAUCUUUUUCGUCGGAUUUUUCUGAGUACGCAGUGAGCCAGCUAGAUACGAGGCGUUUUUCUCCUCUUCACGCCUUCGUUUUUUCCUGGGUCACGUGCACUCAAGGGACAUCAGCAGGCACAGACGUAGAGCUCUCAUCACGUUUUUUACUAUGCGUCUUCGCCACGACAUUCCAUAGAGGAACAGUGUGGUCAGGUAACUCCCAAGGAAGGCGACGGCGAGGACACCGCGUCGGAUUCGCAGCCGCCCAGGGCUGAGGACCGCAUCCAGGCAACCACAGUUUUGUUUCCCGCACCUUCCCUAGGGGAGAGCCACAAAAUGGCGUAUUUCUUUGACUUCCCAACGGACACUUGGGUCGAAGACGCGUCGCCGGGUGGGCCGCCGAAACGAGCUUUCGGGCACGGCUUAGCCGCAGGUAGUUCCCAUUUCGCUUCCCCUGUUUCUCGGAGGCGACUGCCGACGAUCACGGCGCUUCUCCUGUUUUCGCUCUUGUCUGCGUCUCAAUCAGGAGCUCUGAGUGUUUCUCAGUGUUCCCGGAGAGUGUCGCUCGGCCCGCUUCUUUCGCGCGUCUCGUCAGUUUCGUGUACCCCUUCUGCCGCUGCUUCGGCUCUCGCUUCUUCUCUCUAUCCCACCGACAGCCUGUCGUCCGUGGAAGGUUCUGUCGCGCCUCGCCCGCCUCCUUCUAGUCUGGCUUUCGUGUUGCGUCGGGUGCCUCCCGCGGCCUAUUCUUCUUCUCUGUCUCCCUCUGUCCUGCGCUUCAAGCACUCACUUCCCCGUCCCCUUCAGGGGUCGCUUGUGUGCGCUCCUGGAAUUUUGGGCGGGGCAGCCGGCUCUGCGCGUUUCGCCGGGUGUUGCGGAUCUCAGGGCCGGUCUUGCGGGUCUGGAAAAAACCCCGAGUUGCCGCUAAAGGGAAGCAAAGACGAGGUCAUUCCCCGGGUCGGGACAAGCACCGCUGGACCCCGUCCCGAUUGGUUCCACGUGCCAGCUCCACAGGCCGCCUCUCGCGGAGCUGAGGAGUCGCGCUACCAGCAACUGCAGAAACAAAUUCGUGGCCUUGACCUCCAUACGGUCUGUGAAGAGGCCAAGUGUCCGAACAUCGGAGAGUGCUGGAAUGGAGGCACUGCAACGCUUAUUCUGCUGGGUGACACGUGCACGCGAGGCUGUCGUUUUUGUGCAAUUAAAACUUCGAGCAAGCCGCCUCCUCCCGACCCCCUGGAACCGGAGAAAGUGGCGGACGCAGUGGCCAAGUGGGACAUCGACUACGUGGUCAUGACAAGCGUUGACAGAGAUGACAUGCCCGACGGAGGUGCAGGUCACUUCGCUCGAACAGUCCAGUUGGUCAAGAAGGCUAAACCUUCGAUGCUCAUCGAAUGCCUUGUCUCCGACUUUCAAGGAAUGGAAGAGUCCGUCCGAACACUCGCCCAAUCGGGGUUGGAUGUGUACGCGCAUAACAUCGAGACAGUUCGGAGGUUGACGCCCUAUGUUCGCGACAAGAGAGCGAAGUACGACCAGUCCCUGCGUGUCCUUCACCUAGCGAAACAGUUCAACCCGUCGCUGUUCACAAAGUCAUCCAUAAUGGUUGGCCUGGGUGAAACCUCAGAAGAGGUGGUUCGGACUCUCCGGGAUCUUCGAGAUCACGACGUCGACGUUGUUACCCUCGGACAGUAUCUCCGACCAACAAAACAACAGCUUGGGGUUGUGGAGUAUGUCACUCCAGAAACCUUCAAAAAAUAUCAAGACAUAGCGGAGGAGAUGGGAUUCAAGUAUGUGGCUAGUGGCCCGCUGGUGCGCUCAUCUUACAAGGCAGGGGAGUACUACAUGAAGCACCUUAUUGAUGAUGCAAGGAAGCACGGCCGACGUGAAACAGUGAAACAGGUUAAGCUGGAAGCUGAUGUCGGCACACUGAAAGGGACAACAACAACAUUUCAAGUAAACGAGAAAGAGGCGUGACCGGAAACUUGAUUGGGGAGAAGGAAUCGAACGAGCACACCACGGUGUGCGGGCCGGGUUCCCUGUUCCAAGUGUGUAGAGGGAAGGCAAGGGGGAAUAUAAAACGGUUGGUCGCUGCUGGACGCAUGGAACCAGUUUCAACCAAGCAAGAGAGCAUCGUUCUUAUUGUAUUGUGUAGCCGAUAGUUAGCACCUAUUUAGUCCUCUUAAAAAUGUGCCUGAUAUUCCCCUUCUCGCGCCGAGCGUAGUUCCUCCUUUGCCAAUCUACGUUUUGCUCAAGGGUGUUGACUUAGAAGCGUACUUUACGGUAUGGCACCUUUGCACAACCGCAUCGAAUGAAAUGCAAUGCAUUUUAUGCGGAGCAUGCUUUUACUGCGAUUUGCUGACAAAUUUGUUUUUGCAUCUCACGUGCAAGUCAAGGAAGAUGGAAAGACGCUCAAUGGUGCAUGCUCCUGUCUUACAUACCACUUUGUGACGGUACUUACGUGUGCAUUUGUUAUAAACGAUGAAUUCCCUACCGCACGUACCACC